GAGAGGACAGAAGCCGGUGGGCUGCGGAGGGCUCCGGCUGCCGCGAUGGAACUGCAGCUGGCGCUCCUGUUCGCAGGGGUAAUUGCCUUUUCCCACUCGGCCAGAGGCCCCCCAAGGAUUGCUGAUAAAGUGAUUCAUCGUCAGUCAGUGAGGCUAGGGAGGACCAUCAAGCUCCUGUGCCCAGUUGAGGGUGACCCCCCACCUCUCACCAUGUGGAUGAAGGAUGGACGCACCAUCCAUAGCGGCUGGACCAGGUUCCGGAUCCUUCAGCAAGGGUUGAAAAUCAAGGAGGUGGAAAGUGAAGAUGCAGGAACCUACAUUUGCAAAGCCACCAAUGGCUUUGGUAGCACCAACGUGAACUACACCCUCAUUGUGAUUGAUGAUGCCAGCUCAGGAAAGGAAAGCCAGGCACCUGAAGGCUCCAAUGGAGAAUAUGAAGAUCAUUCUGGGAAGCAGUGGGCCCGGCCCAGGUUCACGCAGCCUGCCAAGAUGAGGCGCAGAGUGAUCGCCCAUCCUGUGGGCAGCUCCAUCCGCCUGAAGUGCGUGGCCAGUGGGAACCCACGGCCUGACAUCACAUGGCUGAAGGACAACAAGCCCCUCACACCCCAAGAGAUUGGGGAGAACAAGAAGAAGAAGUGGACGCUGAACCUGAAGAACCUGAAGCCAGAGGACAGUGGGAAAUACACCUGCCGAGUGUUUAACAGAGUUGGAGAAAUCAACGCGACCUACAAGGUUGAAGUCAUCCAGAGGACGAGGUCGAAGCCCAUCCUGACAGGGACGCAUCCUGUCAACACCACGGUGGACUACGGUGGGACCACCUCCUUCCAGUGCAAAGUACGGAGUGACGUCAAGCCUGUCAUCCAGUGGCUGAAGAGGGUGGAGUAUGGCACUGAGAGCAAGUACAACUCCACCAUCGAUGUUGGGGGACAGAAGUUUGUUGUGCUGCCCACAGGGGAGGUCUGGUCCCGCCCUGAUGGCUCCUACCUGAACAAACUGAUGAUUACUCGAGCCAAGGAGGAGGAUGCAGGGAUGUACAUCUGCCUGGGGGCCAACACUAUGGGCUACAGCUUCCGCAGCGCCUUUCUGACGGUCCUGCCAGACCCCAAGCCUCCAAGUGCACCUGUGCCCCCUUCCUCUGCCAGCAGCCUGCCCUGGCCAGUGAUCAUUGGUAUCCCUGCCGGAGCUGUCUUCAUCUUUGGGACAAUACUCUUGUGGCUUUGCCAGAGCAAGAAGAAGCCCUGCUCCCCCCCAGCUGCUGCCCCUGUGCACCGGCAGCAGCCCCGGGACAGGAUCUGUGUCUCCCAGGUCCCCGACAAAGACUGCAUCUCCUCCAUAAACUAUGAGGAAUACGUUGCCCAGCAGCAGCAUUUGCUGGCCCAAGGGCCUGCUCUGGCCCCAGCCAUGGCAUCCAAGAUGUACCCAAAGAUCUACACAGACAUCCACACCCACACCCACUCGCACGUGGAGGGCAAGGUUCACCAGCACCAGCACAUCCAGUACCAGUGCUAAGAGGCGGCUGUGCACAGUAGCUCCCUUGGGCUUUUCCUUGUGGUACCUCAGAAGAGACUGCUCCAGGUCAGCUCACGCUGUCAGCAGCAGGCAAAGCAGGCAGGAAAGAUGAUAUAUAAUUUUAAAUCUCUAUAUACAUAUCUAUAAAAUUGUAUAUGCGUGUGUAUGUGUGUAUAUAUAUGUGUAUAUAUCUAUAUCUAUCUAAAUAUAUAUAUAUAUAUAUAUAAUAGAGAAAGACAGAGAGAGAAGAGAUUUUUUGUUGUUGUUUUAAAAUAAUUAUUGCAAUCAGGACAUAGUUGAGGAAUAAUGAAGGAAUUCCCAACCCCAGCAGAGAGUCAACCAUCUUCAACAGCAGAGCCUUCCCAGAUUCUUUAAUCAAGGUGGCAACAAGUGAGAUGGGACACAGUGAUGUGAAGCACCACCUCCUUCCUCGUGUAACUGAAAGGAGUGAGAAGAGCAAGGAGAUGACUGUGGUGCUUUUCUAGAUGGGCACUGCUGUUCCUGAGCCUGCUGCCCAGCACUUAACUGCAGUGGGGAGCCCCUAGACCUGUCCUGCUCCAAAUGACUCGAUCUCUAAAGUACCUGAGAUUUAAUGCCAAAGCACCAGGAAACAUAAACAGUUCACAAGCAAAACAACACUAAGGAGUCUGGAAAUUUUGAUUAUUUGAUUUCACAGCAUGAAAUGCCUAAUGCUUCUCAGUCAUGGUCAUUGAUCUCAAGUGCUCACCAAGCUGGCUGGUUGGAUUUCUGCAAGUUGAAGGUGUGAUGUUUCCCAUGGAGAGUUGUGCAGGUCAGACCACGAAUGCUCUGCUCCCCUAGUCCUAGGACUCGGUGCCACUGCCACGUAAAAGGAAAGAACAACAUUGUACAGAACGCCUUUAUAUUUAUAUUUAAGAAAUAAUAAUAAAAAUAAUAAUAAUAAUAAUAAUAAUUGAACUGCUGAUGGUGAAGAAAGCAACACACGCUGUCCUCUGAUGGCUCGCAGUGACAAGCUACUGGAUUUUCUACAUCAAUGCAAAAUAUGUGAGAAAAAUAGGACAAAAAUUAGUAAGAAACAAAGAGAAUGAAAUAAUCUUGUUGGGAAAAAAAUGCUUCUGAGAAAUAUUCACCUAGAUUGUGUGUGGUUGUCCCCUCCCUUCAGAUAAGUGUUGGAAAUGAUACAACUUUGUUGCAGUUCAAAUGAUGUUGCAAAGAGAAAGAAGAGAAAAUAAAUAAGGACCAUAUUAAAUGGACUGGAAGUGAGUCCAAUUGCAAAUGUAAAACCUCUGUAAUUCUAUAUAGAGUUUAAACAGAAGUUCUGUAUAUUUAAUUUAUUUUGUUAAACAAAAAAAUGUAUGAUAUUUUCCUCAAAACAGGCAUUUCUAUAUGUAUUUUUGAUCAAAGAAAAUAAAGAUUUGGGGUUGGUUUUUUUUCCAGGUUCU